AUGAGUGUAUGUCACCCGGUCAACCGUCUCGACGGUGACCACGGGUCAGCGGUCUCUCAGGCUGCAUUUCCUUCGCCGCGUGACACCGGCCCAUCCCUGGACCACCGGCCCCAGCUGCGCCUCGACACAGGCUCCGAUCAGUCAGUGAACUGGGUCACUGUUCUGCAGGUGUCCAUAUCCUUGAACAAGGUGGAGCUAAGUGUGGGAGAGUCCAAGUUCUUCAAAUGCACAGUGAUCGGCGAGCCGGUGAAGUUGGAGUGGUUUAACCCCCAGGGGGAGCGCAUCGUGUCGUCCCAGCGUGUGGCCCUGCACACCGGUGAGGACAGCUCCAGGCUGACCAUCUACAACGCUGUAGUGGAGGACGCGGGCAUCUAUCGCUGCCAGACCACCGACGCCCAGGGACAGACGCAGGAGGCCACCAUGGUGCUGGAGAUGUACCAGAAGCUGACGUUCCGCGACGUGAGGUCCCCCCAGGAGUUUCGUCACGGCGAGGCGGCAGAGGUGGUGUGUGAUGUCAUCGCCUCGCCGGCACCCGCGGUCUCCUGGUUCUACCAAAAGGGCUUCAAGAGCAUGGAGAUCACAGAGGAGCACUACAGCAGGUUCCAGGUGCUGCCCAACAACAACCUGCAGAUCCACAAGGUGACCAAGGCGGACGAGGGCAUGUACCGCUGCGAAGCGCGAGUGGAGGCCCGCGGCGAGAUCAACUUUGUUGACAUCGAGGUGGUGGUGAAUGUUCCUCCCGUGCUGUCGAUACUACAGCAGUCAUUCAAUGCCACAGCAGACUACCAGGAGUCAGUGACUUUCACCUGCGUCACAUCGGGAUCCCCCGACCCCGAUGUCACCUGGCACAGGAAGGGCCAGCGGUUGGAGAGGUCGGAGCAGUAUGUCCUCAACACCAUGGAGGGAGGCAGGAGUACCCUGACCAUCCGCAACAUCAUCCAAGGGGACGGGGGCAGCUAUACCUGCCGAGCCACCAACAAGGCCGGGGCGGAGGAGAGGGAGCUCUUCCUCAAAGUGUUCGUCCAGCCACACAUCACCCAGCUGCGUAACGUGACGGCGGUAGAGGGCAGCGCCGCCAUGAUCUCCUGCGUGGCCGAGGGGGAGCCGCUGCCUGAGAUCUCCUGGAGGAGAGCCAACGAUGGUCGGAGCUUCACCGACAGAGACAAGAGCCAAGAUGGACGUAUGGAUGUGCGGGGCCGCCAUGGCAAGUCCAUGUUGACCAUCAGUGGGGUGAAGCUUACUGACUUGGGACGUUUUGACUGUGAGGCCCUCAGCAGGAUCGGGGGCCACCAAAAGAGCAUGUUCCUCGAUAUAGAGUACAUGCCCAAGUUCCAGACCAACCAAACCAUCUUUUACUCGUGGGAGGGCAACCCGGUGAACAUCAGCUGUGACGUCAAGUCCAACCCGCCCGCCACCAUGCUAUGGAGGAGAGAACGCCUCACCAUCUCGGCCGAAGGCACUGCCAACACACGUGUCCACACUAUCGACGGCAAGUCCCUGCUAGAGGUCACCCCAGUGUCCGACAGGGAUUUCGGACGCUACAACUGCACGGCACGUAACAACAUCGGAGCGAAAUACCAGGAGUUCAUCUUGGCCCAGGCAGACGUGCCCUCGAACCCGUACUCGGUGCGCUUGUCGGCCGUGUCGCAGCGCAUCGCCACGGUGACAUUCAUGAAACCCGACUCACAUGGCGGUGUACCCAUUGGCCACUACCUGGUCAACUACAAGGAAGUGGGCUCGCAGGACUGGAGAGACGUCAAGUCUCAUGGUGUCCAGACGAUAGUACUGCUGACAGGCCUAGAGCCCAACACCACCUACGAAGUGCGAGUGGCUGCAGUCAAUGGGAAGGGCCAGGGGGAGUUCAGCCACACGGAGUCCUUCCAGACUCUACCCAUACGUGAGCCCAGCCCCCCGGCAGUGCAUGGCCAGAGAGGGAUGGGGAAGGCCUACCGGCUGGGCCUUGUCAAGCAAGACGACGGGGGCAUGCCCAUCGUGGAGUACAUUGUCAAGUACAAGACGAAGGACAAGGAGGAGCAGUGGAUGACGAAGCUGGUGUCGGGGCAGCAAGACUUUGCCCUGCUGCAGCCGCUGCAGUGGAACACGCGCUACGAGGUGGAGAUCACGGCUCGCAACGUCAAGGGCCUCUCGGAGCCCACCUUUUACCAGUUCUUCAUGCCCCAGAAACCAGACAUCAUAGCAGACUCCCUGUUCAGCGGCCUGGGGCUGGGGCCUGUCGUGGGCCUGGGCCUGGUCGGCCUCCUCCUGGUCCUCGUGGUGGUGGACGUCAGCUGCUACUUCCUGCGCCAGUGCGGCCUGCUCAUGUGUAUCACGCGCAAGCUCUGCAGCAAGAAGACGGCCACCAGCGGCAAGAGCAAGGAGAUGGAGGAGGGCAAGGCCGCCUACCUGGGCGAUGGGUCCAAGGAUCCUAUCGUUGAGAUGAGAACGGAAGAGGAGAGAAUAACUAACCACGAUGGGAGUCCAGUGCACGAACCCAACGAGACUACACCUCUCACAGAGCCAGAGAAGCUACCGCUGAAGGAGGAGAACGGGAAGGAGACGCUCAAGCCCGACAUGAUCGAGAUCAAAGUGCACAGUGACAACAGCAUCCACACAAAGCAGGACGACAGUAAAGCAUAAAAUGUGUGUGCCCUCUCGCCCCUCGCCGCAAACGAGAACAUUUCAGAGCAUCCUACCCUGAGACCA